AUGGACUCCAAGGAAAUUCUGGAAGUCCACUCAAUGCUACAUCUGAUCUUUCAUCGCAACAAGAAUCAACAUCGCCGAACAAAAUGGUGGAAAUGGCUAUCCAUCUUGAAACGCGCCACUUUGGAUUCCGCCCGAUCGGGGGUGACCACUCAUCUGGCCACGCACGUAAUCCCAAGAUGUUACAUCGCUUUCUCAACUGUCGUUACCGAUAACCAGUUCUCGACCCUUGGAAUCGUACUUUUAGCUGCGUUGGCCCGACUGUCCAAAGUCACCGGGAUCAGUCACCAGCUGAAGAUGCAACCUGUGACAAGGUCCAAGAUUGCUCCUGUCAAGAAAGAUCGGGAAGAUCUUGGGGAACGCAUUCGUCGCAUUGACAAUACGCCAGUCACCCCGGUCAAGAUUUCCCAGUCUGAUUUCAAGGUCCCCAAGGCCUCCAAGGUUUCUGAGAAGCCCACGGAAAGGCCUACAGAUGACGCUGUUUCAAAAAGUACAUCGAAAAAGAAGAAGAAGAAGAACGCUAUUGAUGACUUAUUCAGCGGUUUAUUUUGA